AUGCUAAAUUCAUCUCACUCCAAUCCCUCUCAGAUGAGCCUGGCGUUUGGUGACCUCUCAGAUAUAAGUCACCUAUACAGUGUGAUAACAUUUCUGGGCUUCCUGCUCAUUAUUUUGUGUAAUUGUACAGUGAUCUCUACCAUCCUGCUCCAUGAGAGCCUACAGAAGCCCAUGUAUAUCUUCAUAAGUGGCCUGUGUGCCAAUGAUCUGUAUGGCAGCAGUGCCUUCUACCCCAGUCUGUUCGUAAACCUGAGCUUGAAGAGUCCGAAUAUCUCCUACAUGGCCUGUAUAAUCCAAGAGUUUUGUAUCAACAACUAUGCAGCCUUUGAGUUCACCAUAUUAGCCAUCAUGGCCUUCGACCGCUAUGUGUGCAUCUGCAACCCCCUGAGAUACUCCAGUAUCAUAACCCUAGGCACAGCCUAUAAACUAAUGGUCACUGCCUGGCUACACUGCUUUGUACUGAUUAUAGUCCAUGUCGUUCUAACUGUCCGACUGCCUCUUUGUGACAAUAUGAUCCUCAAAAUAUACUGUGACAACUGGACGGUGGUGAGACUCUCCUGCGAGGACACCACGGUAAACAAUGCAUUUGGGAUGUUCCUCACGGUCAGUGUUGUCAUAGGGAUGCCUCUGCUUACUUUUUUAUCCUACAUUGAAAUCCUAAAGGUCUGUGCCAAAUCCAGGGAUGCCCAGGUCAAGGCCAUGCAGACCUGUGUCCCUCAGAUUAUCUCCCUUCUGAUCUUCUUCGCCAGCUGCAUCUUUGAGGUGAUGCUCUAUCGCUUCAUUCCCACCAUCGUGCCCUAUGGUUUAAGGGUCGUCAUGUCCAUCAAUAUCUUUGUGGUGCCACCGAUUGUCAAUCCUAUACUGUAUGGGUUGAAAAUGAAGGAUAUAAAAGUGAAAAUCAGGCAGAUUUUUUACAAAUUUCUUUGGUGA